AUAUGUUAAACACGUAAACAAAACAUAUAUAUUUAUACAAGCCAACAACCCCAAAUUCAGUUUUAUCGAAUAAUCAAUCGAAAGUACUUGAAGCUUUUUGAGCAAAACCAAACAAAAAAUAAAGGAUUGAAAAAGAAAUUAUGGUGUUACCAUGGAGAUCAAGAGGAGGAGCAACAAAAAGACGUAAUCAACUGAAUUCCGGCGACAUCUGCGUCGUGGAAACCAAGAUUCCGGCUCAACUCCGAUCAUCAAGAACCGAGCGGAUUCAGUCACCGAGAGUGCCGUUGACCCCGCGUGAUGCGGCGGAGAUAUGUCGGAGAUUGGAAAACGCGGCGGCGCGUGAGGAAAAUGCCGAGUGUUUCGAGACUGUGAGUAAAAUCAAGAACUUGGGAAGAGGAGGAGGAGAGACUAACAAGAAAUGUUUGGUCCAAAACGGCGUCGUGUCCGCGCUGUCUUCUUGUUUCGAAAGUUUCGCUACAGCGCCUGAGGAAGACGCGCGUCUGUUGGAGGAAGUCUUGUCUGUUCUCUCUUCUUGCUUGCCCUUGUCGCUGAGUCGAUCAGAGGGUUUCUCGAAGAUGGGAUCAACGGCUUCGCUUGACCGUCUCGUACGGUUCUUGAACGGUGCAGACGCAAGAACGAGGCAAAACGCUGCGUUUUGUAUCAGAGAGGUUAUUGCGAUAGACAAGAGGUAUGUGUAUGCGUUGACAGAUAUCGAAGGAGCUUGUGAAGGAUUAGUUAACAUUAUUAACGACUCUGUUUCGACGAGCUCGACAAAAGCAUCUCUAAUGGCGAUUUAUAGAGCGAUUUCUUGUGACAACAAGAUCGCUGCAAGAUUCGUGAAGUUGGGUUUGGUGGGACUGAUCACAGAGAUGAUUGUGAACAACGCGGAAAAGAGCGUUUGCGAAAGAUGUCUCGUUGUUCUCAACGUUAUAUGUGACAACGAGCAAGGCAGAGAAGAUGUUCUUAGAAACGCUUUGAUCGUUCCUCUUCUAGUGAAGAAGAUUCUUCGUGUUUCAGAUCUCGCAACGCAGUGCUCGGUCUCUAUUCUUUGGAAGCUAUGGAAAAAGAACGGAGAUGAAGAUCGUCUGCUAGUUGAAGCUCUUCAAGUUGGUGCCUUUGAGAAACUUUUAGUGGUUUUGCAAGUCGGGUGCGAGGAGAAGACCAAGGAGAAAGCGAGCGAGCUGUUGCGGAAUUUAAACCGCUGCAGAAACGAAAUCGAGCAGACGAAUUGUGUCGAUUCUUCGAUGCAUUUGAAGAAAGUGAAGAAAUCAUUUUAAUCAAACAAACACAAUACACAACAUGAUUCUUUUGUAGUUAACUCUGUUUCUAAAUACUCUGUUUUUUUUUUUUUUUGAAUCAUACAUAU